GGCGAGGGCGCGGCGGGCAGGAUGAAUUUCCAGCAGCCGGCGGACGUCGCGGAGAAAUGGUGCUCCAACACGCCCUUCGAGCUCAUCGCCACGGAGGAGACCGAGCGCAGGAUGGAUUUCUACGCCGACCCCGGCGUCUCCUUCUACGUGCUGUGUCCGGACAACGGCUGCGGGGACAAUUUUCACGUGUGGAGUGAGAGCGAGGACUGCCUGCCUUUCCUGCAGCUCGCACAGGACUACAUCUCCUCCUGCGGCAAGAAGACGCUCCAGGAAGUCUUGGAAAAAGUCUUCAAGUCUUUCAGACCCUUACUGGGGCUUCCGGAUGCUGACGACGACGCAUUUGAAGAGUACAGUGCAGACGUGGAGGAGGAGGAGCCAGAGGCGGACCACCCCCAAAUGGGAGUCAGUCAGCAGUAAACUUGGAAGGGCUCCCGCCUGCCAAGGAGUGAGCCCUGUGGUCCCCGAGGCGGGCUCGCCUGCUGCUCCUGGGCUAGCUCUUAGCAACAGGACGCCUGACUCCCAGCUUCCAAAUUAAAACGAAAUACCUUCUUAACAACCACAAAAUAUCUGGGAUGAGCUACGCUCAGAAGUGACCUGUGUUUGACUCCCGUAUCAGUGGGUGUCUAUGGCGUUGUCUCGGUAGCCUUGGCCAUUUCUAAUUUAGAGUCCAUUCUGUGUCUGACGGUUCUCUCUUGAGCUUCUAUUGGAGAAUUGACAUUCACUGACUCGAGUGUAGGGAACUCUGAAUGUAUUAAGGAUGUGUUUUGAGUCCUCACCGGUGACUUUAUGGAGGGAAAGCAUGGCAGAGAAGAAUUGCAGUCUGCACUUUGUAUGUACCUGGUGACGUGUCGUAAGUGAACGUUUUUGCUUUUAAA